UGCGUAGAGAGCUUCAUGGAAUGGGUUUUCAUGGCCAAGCAGCUGCAUCCAAGCCAUACAUCAGCAAGUGCAAUGCAAAGCGUUGGAUGCAGUGGUGUAAAGCUCGCCACCACUGGACUACAGAGCAGCGGUGACGUGUUCUCUGGAAUAACGAAUCGUGCUUCUCCAUCUGGCAAUCUGACGGACGAGUCUGAGUUUGGCGGUUGCCAGGAGAACGGUACUUGUCUGACCGCAUUGUGUCAAGCGUAGAGUUUGAUGAGGGGGGAUUAUAGUGUGGGGUUGUUUUUCAGGAGCUGGGAUUGACCCCUUAGUUCCAGUGACAGGAACUCUGAAUGUUUCAGCACACCAAGAGAUGUUGGAUAAUUCCACGCUCCCAACUCUGUGGGAACAGUUUGGGGAUGGCCUCUUCCUGUUCCAACAUGGCUGUGCACCACUGCACAAAGGUCCAUAAAGACAUGGAUGAGACAGUUUGGUGUGGAUUAAUUUCUGGCCUGCACAGAGUCCUGACCUCAACCAAACAGAACACCUUUGGGAUGAAUUAGAACAGAGACUGAGAGCCAGGCCUUCCCAUCCAACAUCAGUGUGUGACCUCACAAAUGCUCUUCAGGAAAAAUGGUCAAAAAUUCCAAUAAAUAUACUCCUAAACUUUGUGAAACGCCUCCAAGAAGAGUUGAAUCUGUUAUAGCUGCAAAAGGUGGACCAACGUCAUAUUAAACCCUGUGGAUUAAGACUGGGAUGUCACUUCAGUUCAUAUGCGAGUCAAGACAGAUUCGCUGAUUCCAGUCACCACAGUUCAACUCGGUGGAUCCGCGACUUUCACGUGUGUUUUGCCUGAUUACGAGUUGAACCAAAGACAAUUUCACUGGUACAAGCAAAGUGUUGGAGACAAUCUGAAGCUAGUUGUGUCACAUCGGAAAAAAACAACCCCUGUGUUCGGAGUGGAAUAUUCUGCCUCCAGGGUGGAUCUGAAAGUUAACAUGAGCAUCAGCUAUCUGACCAUUUUUGAGACAACUGAGGAAGACGAGGGAAUGUAUCACUGUGCAGUCAUGGACUGGGCAAAGAUCACUUGGAGUGGAACGUAUUUGUCAUUGAAAGGAAACAGUCAGAGGACAUGGAACUACACUGUUGUUCAGCAGCCGACAGCCUCUGAUCCAGUCCGUCCAGGAGACUUGAAGACUCUCCAGUGUUCAGUCCUCUCUGACUCUGAGACUAAAACAUGUCCAGGAGAUCACAGUGUGUUCUGGUUCAGAGUCGGAUCAGAUAAAUCUCAUCCAAACAUCCUCUACACUGAUGGAAACAGACGUGAUGAAUGUGAAGACAGAUCUGACACUCAGAAAAGCUGCGUUCACCACUUCUCUAAGAAGGUCAGCUCCUCUGAUGCUGGAACUUACUACUGUGCUGUGGCCACAUGUGGAGAGAUACUGUUUGGAAAUGGAGCCAAAGUGGAAACCGAGCGAAGAAUGAGUCCUGAGUUAAUUGCUCUGGUGAUGGCAAUAAUCUGCUUGGUCAUUUCUCUGAUUGGAAAUAUUGUUUUCAUCUGUCGCCGAACUUCAAGAUCAAUAUGUGAACAAAGUAAAGGAAGAGAAAGCGUCUCUUCCCCAGCAGGACCCGACAGCUCGAGCCAGACGGCACAUGAUUUUACUGAUGGUGGACAUGAUCUGAACUACGCUGCGCUGAAUUUCGCUGGAAGGAAAGCUACAAGAGGAAGAAAGCAGAAAGAGCUGAAGACUGAAGAAAGUGUGUAUUCUCAGAUUAAAGUGUAUUGAAACUUCUGGCUUCAGGUCAAAUUGUUCAUUUGUAGGUUGACCAUGUUGUGUUCAUAUAAAUAUUAAACCUUUAUCAGUGGUUUGUUGUUAUUUGUUUGGUUGGUUGUUUGUGCAGUAAAAGUAAAAAGCUUUUUACUUGA